UAUCACCAGUUUUAUACGUUUAUACUUUGCUGCUCCUUAAUUUGAAACUAUCGUACAGCCUAGUCAUAAUUCCAUUUCUGGCCAUUCUUUUUCUAGACAAGAUAUAGAAGCCCAUGUUUAGAAAGAGUGGAAUUUUCAUGGAGGAAGCUCUUAACGCUGGUCGUAGAGAUCUUAACGCUGCUAGUAGAGAGGGCAAUGUUGAUGCGUUGUAUAAGCUCAUUGAGAAGGAUCCUGAAAUUUUGGAAAGCGUCAACAAAGUCCAAGUUGUUCACACUCCUUUGCACGAAGCUGCAGGAGCUGGGCAAACUGAGUUUGCCAUUGAACUGAUGACAUUGAUGCCGUCAUUGGCCAAGAAGCUGAACCCUCAAGGGCUAAGCCCUCUUCAUCUGGCAGUAUUGUCAGAAGCAGAUGAACUCACUGAAGAGAGGGCGCUGAAAAACGAAACUGCGAUGGCGCUGAUAAAGCUAGACGCCGAGCUGGUCCGAGUAAAAGGGAGGGCAAGGAUGACUCCUUUGCAUUAUGCAGUCACAGAAAAUAAACUGGAACUUUUGGCUGAGUUCUUGUGUGCUUGUCCGAAAUCCAUCAAUGAUUUGACGAAUAAGCACCAGUCUGCUGUUCAUAUUGCUGUACAAGAGCGAAAGUUCGAUGCACUUGAAGUCCUCCUGGGAUGGCUCUCGAGAAGGAACAAAGAAGGGGUGCUCCGUUUCAAGGACAAUGAUCGAAAUACUGCACUGCAUAUUGCAGUAGAAACGGAACAGUUUGAGGUUGUGAAGAAGUUAAUUUCAAAAGUCAACAGGAAUUCACUGAAUUCAAAAGGAUUGACGGCUCGGGACAUCGCAGAGCAUAAUGGCUUUGAUCACAUAAAAGAGUUCUUGGAACAUCGAGGAGGUAGAUCUGCAGAAUCGCUCCCUGAGAAGGAACCCCUCCACGAGUUUUUGAAAUCAAAACAGGGUCCCUUUGAGAAAGAAACCAAUCGGAUACCUAAUUUACGUGGACAAGGAAAUGUCCCUGGAAAUGCGCAACAUUAUCUUAGUUGUAGCAGUUUUAAUUAUCACAGCUACUUUCCAGGGAGCACUCCAGUCUCCUGGUGGGUUUUGGCAAGGGAAUGGAGAACCGAGUAUGCGGUCGAUGUCAUAUCAGACCAGAAUUUGCUUACUAAGUCCCUCAUCAUUGUUGCCGGGUUAUUCAUUUGUGGUGUACUUGUGUUGAGAUUUUACAUGCACAUUGCCAAGUCAAUAUUCAAUGAUGCAUGGUGGCUGCCCAAGUUGUAUGUACUAGCUACAAAUACUUUCUACCAUAUUCCUCCAAACCCGGUGGCUAAAAGUCUUAAUCGAUUCGCUAAUCGGCUUAUGCUGCACCAUAAAGAAGCUCUCAAGGUUGCCAGUGGAGAGGGAAACAUUGAUGCCUUGUAUAAGCUCAUUGAGAAGGAUCCUGAAAUUUUGGACAGCUUCAACAAAGUCCAAUUUGUUCACACUCCUUUGCACGAAGCUGCAAAAGCAGGCCAAGUCGAUUUUGCCAUUGAACUAAUGACAUUGAUGCCAUCAUUGGGUAGGAAGCUGAACCCUCAAGGGCUAAGCCCUCUUCAUGUGGCAAUUAUAGAUGAAGCAGAUGAACCUGAAGAGAGGAGGAGGAGGAAAAAUGAAACUGCACUAGCCUUAAUAAAAUUAGACGCUGAGCUCAUCCGAGUAAAAGGGAGGGAAAGGAUGACUCCUCUGCAUCAUGCAGUAAAAGAAAAUAAUUUGGAACUUUUGGCUGAAUUCCUGUGUCUUUGCCCAAAUGCAAUUGAUGAUUUGACGAAUAAGUUCCAAUCUGCAGUCCAUAUUGCUGUAAAAGAGAGAAAGCUCGAGGCACUUGACGUCCUUCUGGGAUGGCUGUUGAGAAGGAACAGGGAAGAUGUGCUCGGUUUCAAGGAUGAGCACAGAAAUACUGCAUUGCAUAUUGCAGUUGAAACUGAACAGGCUGAGGUUGUGAAGAAGUUAAUUCACAAAGUCAAAACAAAUUCGUUGAAUUCAAAAAAUUUAACAGCUUUGGACAUCGCCGUGCAAAAGCAAAACCUUCAGAUUAAAGAAAUCUUGCAACGCGGUGGAGGCAGAUCUGCAGCCCUCAUCCCACCAAUGGAAGUUCUUCCUCAGUUUUUGAGAUCGAGAGAGGGUUUUGCUGAGAGACCACUCAGGCUACUAAUUUACAUGGAAAAGGAAAUGUCCUUCGACAUGCGCAAUGUUAUACUAGUUGUUGCAGUUUUAAUUGUCACAGCUGCUUUCCAGGGAAUACUCCAGCCUCCUGGUGGAUUUUGGCAAGGGAAUGCAGAAAUCACCAAUCAAACAGUCUCUAGAAUCAAUUCCGCUAAUAACAGAGCCAAUCUUGACGUAUAUGAUCUCCGAAAACAAUUCCAGGCGAAACAAGUGGCUGGAAAAGUAGUUAUGAGCUACCACAAUUUCAAUGAGUUCAUAGCUGGCAAUACCGUGGCUUUCGUUUUUGCAACUAUGGUAAUUUUCUCGGUGCUCCCAGGUCGGCCUUAUAUAUUAGGUCUUCACAUUUCUCUAGUUUUUCUAACCUACAGCUAUCUCAAUGCAAUUCAGAUCAUAGCAGAGCUGAGUAAGAGUACUAAGUUCUUGAUCAUUAUUUCCUGGUCUGUCAUUUCUGUUGCAUUUGGAGUGAGGAUUUUUCUGUUUAUUGCAAAAGCUUUAUUCUAUGAUGCUUGGUGGCUGCCCAGGCUGUCUCUGCUAGCUACAAACUCCCUUUACCAAAUCCCCAUCAAGGGGGUAGAAAGAAUUAUCCAGUUUGGUUACCGGCUUAAAAUGCAACACAGAGUAAGCAGAUUAUGAACUGAAUAGUAGAUCAAAUCAUCCGGUCAUUAGGAGCUCAAGCUAGAGAAUCUUCCAAUCCACCAGUGUCUCCAUGGCAGCGGAAAUGUGGCCAAUGCAUAACAUGAAUCAGCUUCGUGGAAUGCAUGAUGACUCUGUCAUGGUUUUGCAUUUUGUUCUAAAUUUGGAAUUACAUUUUGGUGUAACCUAGUUUUGCUCAAUUGAUUUCAUAUAAUUAAAUCAAUGUUUAUCAGAAGGAAGA